AUGUCGCUCCUGUCUCAACUGAAGGCUUCAGCCCUGCUAUUGUCCUUGUUCCUCCCCUCACUGCUGGCAACGGUGGAUGACCACUUGGGCCUGUCUGGCAUUGGGGAGGUGUCUCCAGAUGGUGGGAACCACACCGCAAAGUGCCAGGAGACCACUGAGUGCCAGGAAGGUGUGAUCUUGCCAGUGUGGCUCCCCCAGAACCCCUCGGUGGGUGACAAGGUGGCACGGGCCAUAGUUUACUUUGUGGCAUUGAUCUACAUGUUCCUAGGCAUGUCCAUAAUUGCCGACCGCUUCAUGGCCUCCAUAGAAGUCAUCACCUCGCAGGAGAAGGAGAUCACCAUUAAGAAGCCCAACGGAGAGACCACCACCACCACCAUCCGCAUCUGGAACGAGACCGUCUCCAACCUGACCCUGAUGGCGUUGGGUUCCUCAGCACCGGAGAUCCUCCUCUCCAUCAUCGAGAUUGUGGGCCAUGGCUUCACUGCCGGAGACAUGGGGCCAAGCACCAUCGUUGGCAGUGCAGCCUUCAACAUGUUCAUCAUUAUUGCUAUCUGCAUCCAUGUAGUCCCCGAGGGGGAGGUACGGCGCAUCAAACACUUGCGGGUCUUCUUUGUCACUGCUGCAUGGAGCAUCUUUGCCUACAUCUGGCUGUACCUCAUACUGGCCUGGUUCUCUCCUGGCAUAGUGGAAUUAUGGGAAGGGCUCCUUACCUUUCUCUUCUUCCCUGUCUGUGUGGUCCAGGCUUGGGUAGCUGACCGGAGGCUCCUCUUCUACAAAUAUGUCCAUAAAAAGUACCGUGCUGACAAAACUCGGGGUCUUAUCAUCGAGACCGAGGGCGAUACCGGCUAUCCAAAACUAGACAUGGAAAUGGACAACUCGCUAAAGGAAGGGUGCGAAGGCCUUGUGGAAGGGGGAAAAGACCAAGAUGAGGAAGCCCGCCGGGAUAUGGCCCGCACUUUGAGAGACCUCAAGCAGAAACAUCCGGAAAAGGACAUGGAACAGCUUAUCGAGAUGGCCAACUACCACGUGCUGGUCCAGCAGCAGAAAAGCCGGGCUUUCUACCGCAUCCAGGCCACCCGCAUGAUGAUUGGAGCAGGGAACAUCCUGAAGAAACAUGCGGCGGACCAGGCCCGCAAAGCAAUAAGCAUGCAGGAAGUGCGCGCAGAAGAAGAUGAGUCGGUGACCAAAGUUGGUUUUGAGCCGGCACAUUAUCAGUGCUUUGAGAACUGUGGCUCAGUAGUGUUGACCGUGGCCCGGCGGGGAGGGGACCCAGCCCAGGUUACACUCCGAGUGGAUUUCCGCACAGAGGACGGAACAGCCAAUGCCGGCUCAGAUUACGAAUUUGCAGAGGGCACAUUGCUCUUCAAGCCAGGCGAGACCCACAAGGAAGUGCGGGUUGGAAUAAUCGACGAUGACAUCUUCGAGGAGGACGAGUACUUUUACGUCCACCUCAGCAAUGUGCGGGCUGCCUGGGCUGAGCCAGGCCCUGAGCCUCCCCCCAAAGCCUGCCUUGGGCCCUCUAAGAUGGCUACUGUCACAAUCUUUGAUGAUGACCACGCUGGCAUCUUCACCUUUGAGGGGGCCUCCAUGCGGGUGAGCGAGAGUGUGGGGGCUGUGCGAAUCAAAGUGCUGAGGACCUCAGGGGCCCGGGGGCGAGUGGCCAUCCCCUUCCACACCAUCGAGGGAACUGCUAAGGCCAGAGAGGACUACGAGGAAGUUGCUGGAAAAGUGGAGUUCCAGAAUGAUGAGACAAUGAAAUGCAUCGAAAUUAAAAUUAUCGAUGACGAGGAGUACGAGAAAAACAAGAACUUCCAUUUGGAGCUGGGGCCACCGGAACUGCUGGACACGGGUCCACGGCACGGUGACUCCAAUGAAAACCGGCUGCCUGAGGGAGACGAGGAAGCAAUUGCCAAGAUGGGGUGCCCUAGCCUAGGAGAGAACCCCAAACUUGAAGUUGUUAUUGAGGAGUCUUACGAGUUCAAGAGCACUGUGGACAAAUUAAUCAAGAAGACCAACCUGGCACUUGUCGUUGGCAGCAGCAGCUGGAGGGAGCAGUUUGUUAGCGCCGUAACCGUCAGUGCUGGUGAUGACGAAGAUGACGACUCGGGCGAGGAGCGCCUCCCUUCGUGCUUUGACUACAUCAUGCACUUCCUGACGGUUUUCUGGAAAGUUCUCUUUGCCUUUGUGCCGCCCACAGAGUACUGGUGCGGCUGGGCCUGUUUCUUUGUCUCCAUCUGCCUCAUUGGAGUGCUCACCGCCCUCACCGGAGACCUGGCUGCCCACUUUGGCUGCACCAUCGGCCUCAAAGACUCUGUCACAGCAGUGGUUUUUGUGGCCCUGGGCACCUCCGUGCCUGAUACCUUUGCCAGCAAAGUUGCAGCCAUCCAAGACCAGAACGCCGACGCCUCCAUCGGCAACGUGACAGGCAGCAAUGCAGUCAAUGUCUUCCUGGGGAUUGGAGUGGCCUGGACCAUUGCAGCCGGCUACUGGGCCAGUCAAGGCAAGCCAUUCCAGGUGAAGCCAGGCACGCUGGCCUUUUCGGUCACACUCUUCACCAUCUUCGCAUUCGUCAGCGUUGGUGUGCUGCUCUACCGGCGCCGGGCACCCGUCGGUGGAGAACUGGGCGGCCCCCGAACUCCUAAAGCCCUUGCGACCCUCCUCUUCGUGAGCCUCUGGCUGAUCUACAUCCUCUUGGCUGCCCUGGAGGCUUAUUGCUACAUUAAGGGCUUCUAA